CAGAUACCGCCUUAUCAGUUAAGUUCAAUACAUUGUAAAACGCAGAAAGAAAAAUGGAAAAAUUAUAUUUACAAAUUUUAUUAUUCUAUUUAAUUACUGUCUCAACAUCGUUUGCUACACGGUGCUAUACCGAUGCUGAAUGUAUGUCAGAUGAGUGUUGUUUCCGCCAUGAGGGCCCAAUGAUUGUGAGCAAAAGACAAGCUCUAGACUUACUUGGAACGCAUCAAGGAGUAUGUGAGAAGUACCAGGUACUCGGUGACAACUGUAGUCCCUUUGACAAGCUGAAUGGUCACUGCAGCUGUGGACAAGGCCUAACCUGUCAGUUCGUCCCCGCUUCCAGCACUAUGUCCGUCAAACGAAAACUUUACAUGCCCGGACCAGGGGCUUACCAAUGUGCACCAACUAUAUAAAUGUUUUUAAGUCUAUUAAUAAAUAACUUAAAAAGUGAAU